CGGACCGACCCUGCCGCGCGGCCAUGGACCUGCCCCGGGGCCUCGUGGUGGCCUGGGCGCUCAUCCUGUGGCCAGGAUUCACAGACACCUUCAACAUGGACACGCGGAGGCCGCGGGUCAUCUCGGGCCCCAAGACCGCCUUCUUCGGCUACACAGUGCAGCAGCACGACAUCGGAGGCAAGAAGUGGCUGGUGGUGGGUGCCCCACUGGAAACCAACGGCCACCAGAAGACGGGAGACAUUUACAAGUGUCCUGUGAUCCAGGGCAACUGCACGAAGCUCAACCUAGGAAGGGUCACGCUGUCCAAUGUGUCUGAGCGCAAGGACAACAUGCGCCUGGGCCUGAGCCUCGCCACCAACCCCAAGGACAACAGCUUUCUGGCCUGCAGCCCACUCUGGUCUCACGAGUGCGGCAGCUCCUACUACACCACGGGGAUGUGCUCCAGAGUCAACGCCAACUUCCGGUUCUCCAAGACCGUGGCCCCAGCCCUGCAGAGGUGCCAGACCUACAUGGACAUCAUCAUCGUCCUGGACGGCUCCAACAGCAUCUACCCCUGGGUGGAGGUCCAGCACUUCCUCAUCAACAUCCUGAAGAAGUUUUACAUCGGCCCAGGGCAGAUCCAGGUUGGAGUUGUCCAGUAUGGAGAAGAUGUGGUCCAUGAAUUCCACCUCAAUGACUACAGAUCUGUCAAGGAUGUGGUGGAGGCUGCCAGUCACAUAGAGCAGAGAGGAGGGACAGAGACCCGGACGGCGUUCGGCAUUGAGUUUGCUCGUGGGAUUGGAGAAGAAUAUGCCCACGGGGCUGGGCUUCCCCUGGGACACAUGGAGGCCAUGCAGGGGCCAAGCAGCUUGGACAUGACAGUGACUCGUGCUCCGUGUCCUUGGCUCACUCUGGUUCCAGGCGUGACGAGAUACGCUGUGGCCGUCCUGGGCUACUAUAACCGCAGAGGCAUCAAUCCAGAAACGUUCCUAAACGAAAUCAAAUACAUCGCCAGUGACCCUGAUGACAAGCACUUCUUCAAUGUCACUGAUGAGGCCGCCCUGAAGGACAUCGUUGAUGCCCUGGGGGAAAGGAUCUUCAGCCUGGAAGGCACCAACAAGAAUGAAACCUCCUUUGGGCUGGAGAUGUCGCAGACGGGCUUCUCCUCACAUGUGGUGGAGGAUGGGAUUCUGCUGGGUGCUGUGGGCGCCUAUGACUGGAAUGGGGCUGUGCUGAAGGAAACGAGCGGUGGCAAAGUGAUCCCUCUGCGCGAGUCCUACCUGAAGGAGUUCCCUGAGGAGCUCAAGAACCACGGCGCAUACCUGGGGUACACAGUGACAUCGGUCAUGUCCUCCAGGCAGGGGCGAGUGUACGUGGCUGGAGCCCCCCGGUUCAACCACACGGGCAAAGUCAUCCUAUUUACCAUGCACAACAACCGGAGCCUCUUCAUCCACCAGGCUCUGCGGGGUGAGCAGAUAGGCUCGUACUUCGGGAGCGAGAUCACCUCCGUGGACGUCGAUGGUGACGGGGUGACCGACGUCCUGCUGGUGGGGGCGCCCAUGUACUUCAGCGAGGGCCGCGAGCGGGGCAAGGUGUACGUGUACAACCUGAGACAGAGCCGCUUCGCCUACAACGGGACCCUGAAGGACUCCCGCAGUUACCAGAACUCCCGGUUCGGCGCAUCCAUCGCCGCUGUGCGGGACCUCAACCAGGACUCCUACAACGACGCGGUGGUGGGCGCCCCGCUGGAGGACGCCCACCAGGGCGUCAUCUACAUCUUCCGUGGCUUCCGGGGCGGCAUCCUGAAGACGCCCGCGCAGAGAAUCGCCGCUUCCGAGCUGGCUCCUGGCCUCCAGUACUUCGGCUGCAGCAUCCACGGGCAGCUGGACCUCAACGAGGACGGGCUGGUGGACCUGGCCGUGGGCGCCCUGGGCAGCGCUGUGAUUCUGUGGGCCAGGCCUGUGGUCCAGAUCAAUGCCAGCCUCCACUUUGAGCCACCCAGGAUCAACAUCUUCCACAAGGACUGCAAGCGCAGUGGCCGGGACGCCACCUGCCUAGCGGCCUUCCUCUGCUUCAUACCCGUCUUCCUGGCUCCCCAUUUCCAGGCAGAGACUGUUGGCAUCAGGUACAAUGCCACCAUGGACGAGAGGCGCUAUAUGCCACGGGCACACCUGGAUGAAGGGAGUGAUGCCUUUACCAACAGGGCCGCACUGCUCUCCACGGACCAGGAGCACUGCCAGCGGAUCAGCUUCCAUGUCCUGGACACUGCUGACUACGUGAAGCCGAUAGCCUUCUCGGUCGAGUAUUCCCUGGAGGAUCCCGAGUACGGUCCCGUGCUCGACGAGGGCUGGCCCACAACUCUCAGAGUCUCGGUGCCCUUCUGGAAUGGCUGUAAUGAGGACGAACACUGCGUCCCUGACCUGGUGCUGGAUGCCCGGGGUGACCUACCCACCGCCAUGGAGUACUGCCAGAGAGCGCUGAGGAAGCCCGCACAGGACUGCUCGGCCUACACGCUGUCCUUUGACACCACGGUUUUCAUCGUAGAGAGCACGCGACGGCGGGUGGCGGUAGAGGCGACACUGGAGAACAGGGGUGAGAACGCAUACAGCGCCGUGCUCAACAUCUCUCAGUCCCCCAACCUGCAGUUCGCCAGCCUGGUCCAGAAGGACGACUCAGACAGCAGCAUCGAGUGUGUGAAUGAGGAGCGGAGGCUGAACAAGAAAGUCUGCAACAUCAGCUACCCCUUCUUCAGGGCCAAGGCCAAGGUGGCUUUCCGGCUGGACUUCGAGUUCAGCAAGUCCAUCUUCCUGCACCAGCUGGAGAUCCAGCUCAGCUCUGGCAGUGACAGUGACGAGCAGGACAGUACCAAGGAGGACAACACGGCCCUCCUUCGCUUCCACCUCAAGUACGAGGCAGAUGUUCUCUUCACCAGGAGCAGCAGCCUGAGCCACUACGAGGUCAAGGCCAACAGCUCCCUGGAGAGACACACCAUCGGGCCCCCCUUCAGCUGCGUCUUCAGGGUCCAGAAUCUGGGCUUUUUCCCCAUCCAUGGGCUGAUGAUGAAGAUCACCGUUCCUGUGGCCACCAGGGGUGGCAACCGCCUGCUGGUGCUGAGGGACUUCCUCACCAACCAGGUAAACACAUCCUGUAACAUCUGGGGGAACACCACGGAGUACCGACUCACCCCAACGGAUGAAGACUUGAGUCAGGCCCUGCAGCUGAACCACAGCAACUCGGACGUGGUCUCCAUCCACUGCAGCGUGCAGCUGGCGCCCAGCCAGGAGCUCAGCCUCCACUUGCAGGGGAACCUGUGGCUGAGGUCCCUGAAAGCACUCAAGUUCAGGUCCCUGAAGCUCACAGUGAACGCGGCACUGCAGCGGCAGUUCCACAGUCCCUUCAUCUUCCGCGAGGACGACCCCAGCCGCCAGGUCACCUUCGACAUCUCCAAGCAGGAGGACUCAGAGGUCCCCAUCUGGAUCAUCCUGGGCAGCACGCUGGGGGGUCUCCUGCUGCUCGCCCUGCUGGUGCUGGCGCUGUGGAAGCUGGGCUUCUUUAAAAGUGCCAAGCGCAAGAGGGAGCCUGGCGCAGACCCCAGCCCCAAAGUGCUAGAGUGAGGCUCUGGAGGAGGCUCGGAGUUGACGGUCAACCACGGCCCAGGCGGGGUGUAGGCCAGGCCCACGGCCCCACUAAGCUGGAGCAGAAAGGACACUGCUGGCUUUGCACUUGACCUCGACCCCGAGCUCGGCGCCUGCUCCCUCUGGGUUGGAACUUAUGCAGGGGUCGAGGAGCCGCCUGCGGGAGGCUCACAGGGGAGCGCUGCACACCGGGACACAGCGGCACAAAGGGACACAGCGGCACAAAAGUCUGCAGUCAGCCCGUCUCUGGAGGAGCCAGGAGCAAGACUGUAAAUACAAACCAACCGCCCAGCACCUCCAUCUGUGACCCGCUCUGGCCCGGCUCACACCCACCCUUUCCCUCUAGUUGCUCCCUGCCAGAGGCUGGUUGUCCCAGCUGCAGGCCAGGGCAGAGAGCAGCGCUAGAAAGUGAUGUCACACGGGAAGGCGAGACUGGUCACUGCCCUCGCUGCUGGCCAUACCUCCCAGUUGCUUCUGUUCCUAGGUACCUCACUGUGGGCAACAGGAUACUCCUGAGCCCCACUGCAGCCCCACCUGUCUCCUGCAGCCUGCCCCACCCUGCCAGCACAGACUUGCUGGGCUGGCUGCAGCCCAGCAGAGGUGAGAGCUGGGAGUGCUCCCAGCAUCAUGCUCUGUACACACACACACACACACACACACACACACACACACACACGCCUCCCCACCGGGGCAGGAACAGCUCAGCGCUGCUGUGGAGGGGUCCUCUCUGGAAUGCACUGAAUACAGCCUGCCUGCUCAAGGACCCUGUGCCUGUGCAGCCUGGGAAGUGACCAUCUCGCCCACCUGCCUGCAGGUCACGGGAUCCAGGCCACAAAGGCACCCUGAGGACAAGGGGUAUACAGGUGCCCAGUGGAGUAACUUAUGCCUUAACCUUUCUUUGAGGUAGAAGUGAAAGUGGGACUCAGCAAAGGCAUCUGUCCCCCUGUGCAUACGACCUUUACCGUCGUAAAUAUUUCUAAGAAAUUAAAA